CAAAUAUUAUAAACCUAUAGCACUUAAUCCUAUUAACAAAAAUUGGCCUACAGUAUCAAAACUUGCUUUUUUAUUGAAUAAGACUCUUGAUACUAGUGUUAAUAAUAGUAAUUCUAAAUUAUCAUCACUCGACACACAAUUGAAAACAAAAACUAUCAAUAUAGAUCUCAAUACAACAAGACAAUUUCUUUAUUUUGUGAAUCAAGGAUAUAUAAAGAUGAAAGCAAGUGAACUUCUAGCUAAGAGUUUGGGUAAAGGCCCAUGGCAUGCUUGGUGUAUUUGUACUUGA